AUGUUGAGUUCCGCGCAAUUGAGUUGUAAUAUACCAUUUUGUAAGAGGCGCGAGGAUGGUACUAACAUCUCCGAAGUAUGUGCUUCUCACCGUUAUCAAACGGUGGAUGCUAUGUGUGCCGCCCACGGUCCUGUGAGCAUUCCUUCUUGCAUAUUAAGGUUUGUGCCUUUGCAAGUGCGUCUGAAGUACUUUGCGGUUGAUAUUGACGGUACAUUUUUGGCUGUUGACCCUGAGGUCUACCGUCGUAACGUUGAGGCGUUUGUUCGUGUUCUGGAAUCUGGUGUAAAGAUAUUCUUCUGUACAGGUCGUGGUCAUUUUGGUGCUAUCCGUGAGAUGCCCGAUGAAGUGAUUGAGAGGCUUGGUUUUACUGGUUAUCCAGGUAUUUAUCACAACGGUGGUGCCGUUUAUGAUGAAAAGGGUCAAUUGCUUGAACAUGCUCUGUUCGAUAAGACAGUAUUGAAGCGCAUUAUCGACAAGGUUGUUGGUUGUAAUCAUAUGAAAUACACCAUGUUCCUAACUUUGGAUGAUUGGUAUAUCAUAACUGACGAUCGUUCAUUUUUCAACGAGUUUAUUACAUCAUUGAGAUUGGACAGGCCUUUUAUGCGUGCUACUGCUGAGGAGGUUCUUUCCAUGGAUAUUAUGAAGGUUAUUAUUGUGCGUUACGAUCUUUUGGCUGAGUCAUUCAAGGACAUGCGUGAUGUGGUCUUCAUUGCUAAGCGUGCUCUUAAUGAUAUGACUGACUUAACCCCUAUGGGUAUCACCAAAGGCAGUGGUCUUGCGUUGCUGCUUAAAUCGUUUGGUGGUUCUCCUGAUGAAUGUGGUUAUAUCGGUGAUGCUUGUAAUGAUUUAGAGGCUAUGCGUUUGGCUGGUCAUUCAUUUGCUGUUGGCAACGCUAUUGAUGAGGCUAAAACGGCAGCUAAAUACGUUGUCCAGCAUACCAAUGAUGAAGGUGCUUUUGCACGUGUGAUGGAUGCGGUGUUUUCGCCUUUCCUAUGA